GAAGCGAGUGUCAAACGCUGUUAUAACAACAGUCAUCACCGCUCAGCACCUGCUCGCCUUCCCGGGGCACUUCAGGGUCCCCCAAGAGUUUUUGCUAGACAGUGUGCUUACCUGCUGCAAGGUGACAAGGCAACGUCUUAUCUGGAAGGCAUUGAGUGUAUUUCCUCUUGACUCGUGAUCGCUGGGCACGUCCAGCACCAGUGCCCUCGUGAGAACUAGAUCACCAGAACAGCUGGGAUUUUAUCUCCAGUCAUGCACCACGUCACAAGCCAACACCGGCAGUUUGUUGAAAGAAAUUGGUAUUCAGGAAACUGAAAUGCAGGAUUAGUAGCCUACAGGACCUAAAUGCUCACAUCCUUUAAAUUAAAAGACCUGGUAUCUUCCACACAUAUUGCAUGACUUGCAGCGAUUGCCUCCCAGAAUCCACCAAGCACAAGACGCUCUAUAACGCAGCACUAGACACAGAAACGGGAACCCUCACUGGCCACUGUGAGCUUCAAGACUCCUGCUACUUUGCUUGCAAGGUAUUGGUGACAUAAUUGUAAAGAACGUAAGCUUUAUUAUAAAAUGGCUGCUAUUCCUAGUAGAGUGCGUGUGUGUAUAGUAGGAGCUGGUGUAGCUGGACUUAGCGCAGCACAAAAACUAACAAAGUUUGGAAUUGAAAAUUUUGUUGUUCUUGAAGCACAAGAUAGAAUUGGAGGUAGAGUCUUUACUUUGGAACAUGGAGAACACCACUUGGAAAUGGGAGCUCAGUGGAUCCAUGGUGAGGAGGGCAAUGCUGUAUUCCAGUGGGCAUCAGAGAAUGGUCUGGUUGAUGAGGACAUUUCCUUAAUGCAAACAGGAACUGGAAAUACAGUUUUUAUACGACAGUCUGGUGAAAUAGUGCCGGAUGAAGUGCAAGAGGCAUUCUUCAUGACUAUAGCUAACAUCUCUGAAAAAUUGGAGAAGGAUUACUCCACAUUUCACGACUCAUUAGGACAGUACUAUAAAGAGAAAUUCAAAGCAGAAAAUAAAUGGGGUGCCCUUGGAGACGAGCUUCUGAAUUGGCAGGGUCGUUUUCAGAAUUGUAUUGAUGGUUCAGACAGUUGGUUUGAUGUCCCGGCAGAAGGUGGUGAACAUUACAAGGAAUGCCCUGGAAAUCCUGUUGUCAACUGGAAGAAAAAUGGAUACCAAAAUCUGAUCCAUCAUUUAAAGGAAAAUUUGCCAUCAUCUCGUUUGUUCCUUAAUACUCCUGUGAAGUCUAUAAACUGGAGAACCACGACUUCUAGCUCGUCCUCGGGUUGUAAGGUCACUCUUGCAUCUGGACAGGCUAUUUAUGCUGACCAUACAAUUUUCACCGCUUCCCUUGGCGUUCUGAAAGUGGUUGCAAAGGAGAUGUUCAGUCCUUCCUUGCCUGUAGCAAACUUGAAUGCUGUUGAGGGCUUGGCCAUUGGUGUUGUUAACAAGAUUUUCCUACAAUUUCCACAUCGAUGGUGGGAUGACAACUGCAAUGGAUUUAGUUUCUUGCGCAAUCUUGACGAAGAAUGUUCUACCAUAACCAAGGAGAAUUGGGAACACGAACUCUUAGGAUUUUAUGAGGUGUUUAAGCAUCCAGAUAUGCUUUGUGGUUGGAUUACUGGCCCUGCAGCUUUACUUAUGGAACAGGUUUCUGAGGAAGAGGUAGCAAAAGCUUGUAUUGCCCAGUUAAGAAGACUUUUGUCACACAAGUUCCAGAUCCCAGAUUCAGUCUGGUGCAGACGAUCUUCAUGGGGCUCAAACUGCUGGACCAGAGGAUCAUACAGCUACCGCUCCAUGAAGACAGAUGCUAUGGGAGCCCGGGCUUCUGACUUGGCUGAACCUCUUGUGGAUUCUAAUAAUACUCCAGUUGUCUGUUUUGCUGGUGAAGCAACCCAUGAAUGCUAUUAUUCUACUGUCCAUGGUGCUUUGGAAUCUGGUUGGAGGGAGGCUGACAGACUUCUGAAAUAUUUAAAAAGUGUUCCAACUUCCGAAAAUUGUCAACCAGUUGGCUCUCGUCAAAAAUACAAUGUCGUCAUUGUCGGAGCUGGGGCUGCAGGUAUCGGAGCAGCAAGAGAACUUAAUGCGCAGGGCAUCGACUCCAUUCUCAUUCUUGAAGGCAGCAACCGUUUUGGUGGACGUGUGAAUACGGUUAGAACAGUACCUCAAGGUGUUGUAGAAUUGGGUGCACAGUGGAUUCAUGGAGAAGAUGGUAAUGCCAUUUUUCAGUUUGCAAGGUCCAGAAACCUCCUUCACCAUAAGCUAUCUGUAGAUGGCAGGGGUGAUUUCCGCAUGGAGAAUGGAAAGCUCAUAGAUGAACACUUAGUAGACGAAAUAUUGGAUGUCAUGGAGGAGGCUGAUGAAGAAUGCAAGACUUACAGUCAAGACAAAGAGUUCAAAGAGGUUCGACAGCUAUCAGUUGGAGAUGUUUUUAGGAGAAGAUUUCUUGAGUACUUAUCAACAUGUAAAACUGAUGGUCCCUUAUUAAGAAACCUGAAGAAAGCCCUGUAUUAUUGGACCUUAAGAUGGUACAGAAUUGAUAAUGCUUGCGAUUCCCUUCAUCAGCUCUCAGCCACCUGCUGGGGAAACUAUAUAUACUGCAAUGGAAAAGAGAAUAUGAACCCCAAGGAUGGAUUUUUAUCCAUUUUGAGUUCCAUUCUUGCAGAAACUAAAGCAGACUUGCUGCUUAAUAGCGAAGUGGAUUGCAUUGACUAUGCAAGUGAGGUUACGACUGACGAAGGGUCUUAUGUACGACUAGAUGGCACAACUUAUCCUGUGAUUGUCAAGUGCAAAGAUGGAAGUGAAUUUGAAGCUCAGCAUGUGAUAGUGACUUCCUCUAUUGGUUACUUGAAGAAUAACCCAAACCUGUUUUUUCCUGCUCUUCCAAGAAGACUUCAGAAGGCUAUUACAUCCAUGGGAUACGGUACCAUAGACAAGAUAUUCUUGGAGUACACAGAUGCCUGGUGGCAGAAUGACUGGGAAGGCCUUCAGAUAGUGCGGACCACCGAUAUACCAGAUUUUGAACGCAAAGCUCCUCAUACAAGACUUUGUGACGGCACUACAGAGCAGAUGAGCAAAUAUUGGGUACGGGCAGUCUCGGGGUUUGAUCCUGUUUUUAAUCAAAGAGCAAUGCUCUGUGGUUGGAUUGGUGGACCUGAAGCAGAGUACAUGGAAGGGCUGAGUGAGCACGAGGUGGGCCGAGAAUGCACAAACCUUUUACGAUGCUUCUUGAACUGGGAUGUACCUUACCCUAAAAAAGUUUACAGAUCUCAGUGGGCAAGUGAUCACUUCUUUCAAGGAUCUUAUUCCUAUCAUCCUCUUGGUUGUGACUGCUGCAGUGAAGACUCGGAGAAUGAUCUUAACGUGCCAGUGUGUGCUCUUUCAAAGGACGGUGAUGAGAUUCCAUUGUUGGUUUUAGCUGGAGAAGCAAACAGCCGAGCUUAUUACUCUACUGUCCACGGUGCACUGCAGAAUGGAAUAGAACAAACUGGACAUUAUGUCAUCGCAUAUCGGAGGUUACGUGGUGGUCGGUGCAGCAUCAAGAGUAAAAUAUAAUUCUAUGGUUUAUUGAUCAAAUUUGCAAAGUGCUUAUUUGCAUAUUUGAUGAGACUAUAUAUCAGCACAAGAGCUGUUUGCUUCACAAUGUUUAUUAAGUAAUCAUUAGGAUAUGGUGAUAAUAGUAGGAUAUUGUACAGUAUAAAAAUUUAAUAUUUUAAAUUUUACUGACAGAAUUUAUUCAUGAUUUUAAAUGUAGAGUAUCAAAUUUUAUUAUUAAUGUAUUUGCCAAAAUAAUACUGUAGUGUACUGUAUAGUUUUAUAUUGCAGUGAAGUCUUGCUCAAAUAGACCAAUUUGUUCCAGACUCCUCUGUAGCAAAAUAAUUUCCAUUACAUCCUACCGUUGCUGUCUCUUGUUACCGUAUGCUGCAAAUAUGCCUUUUUGUUUAGGGAAAGCAAAACAAAACAAAAACAAAAAACAUGCUUUUUAUGCAUAUUUUGGAUACAAAAAUCAUGUAAAAAAAGUAAAUGUUUGAUAUUAACAUUAAUAUUUUAGUGAACCUUGUUAAGCUUCUAAUAUUUUCCCUGCUGACUAUUUGCAACAAUAUUAUAUCUGGAAUUAUUUCUUUUCCCAUGCAUGUAGUCUUUCAUUUGACUGAAUUUUAUUUGAGCAAGACUCCUCUAUACUGUACAGGGUACAGUACUUAAACCUUUUAUUCUAAAUUAUAAAAAUAACUUGAACUUCCAAGAUUUUUGUACUAUGCAUGUUCCAAAAUUCAAUAACAAUAAUCAAUAUUGUUAUUCCAAAUGUCUGACAUAUAAAAACAGUGUGUUAAUGCAGAAUAAUCACAGUUUUGGAGCGCGUGUGAAGCGUAGCAUCCGAGACAUAACUGUUUCCUGUCCACUGUAUGCGAACUAACGAAGUACUACUGUACUUACGUUGCAAUAGUACGAUACGUGUUGUAAAGAUAUAGGUAGUGAAAUCAGUUUAGAAACGCUUUAUAUAGUAUAGGCAAGGUGAAUACACUUCCCUAUUGUAUUUGGGGAAAUGUGAGGGCAAAUUGUUAUACAAUGCCCACACAUUUAGCAUAAUUUUUCCAUUAAUAUUUAUUGUUUACCCAUUAAUAAAAUAGCUAGUACUCAAAUGUGCCUAAAGACUAAACCCACAUUAAAAAUAUAACAAUAAAAAUAAAAGGAUGCAUCAUUGUACCUUUACGCUGAUGGAUCCUAUAACAAUACCCAAGGCUAUUAGUAUAAGACAACAGUUUUGAUGUGAUAAGAGUCCAGGGUAGAGUAACAUGUUGUCAGUUUGAUGUUUCUUAGGUGUAAGGUUUAGCGUUAAUGUUCCAACUGCAGUACAGCCAAACAUCUAAAUAAUUUUAAUCAAGAUAUUUUAUAUACGUACUGUAUAAAAAAAAACUCCCGAUUCUGACAUUUGUCUGUCUUCUUGGUCUCAAAAUACAAA